AUGGGGUUGUCAGCCGCCGGGAACCACCACCGACGGCGGAGCUCUAUGCUCACGGGGGCUCGCUCAUCGCAACUAGGCUCCUCGGAGCGGAGGGAUGACAGUCUGCGACCGCAUGGAGAUGGUCCAAACAAAUGGGACGAGCAGGAGCUCUUGGCGGCCGAGGACACAGACACGUCAGAGCUGUCGUCCUCGGCAUUGGACCAUCGGGAGUUGGACGUGAUGAGUUCGGACGAUGAUCAAUAUGACGAGGAGACUGGUCUCACAGCACGCCAGAAACGCCAGCGGCGGCGACGGCGACGGCAACGUCGAAAGCUGGAUGCUCGAAUCGCCGACGUCAAGUCGUCCCGAUUUGGCUUGCCUCAGCUGGGCCUGGCUGAUCGUAAUGUUGCCCGCAAGCUAUUCGCCAACGCUGGCCUGAUCCUGCUGUGGUACUUCUUCUCCUUGUCCAUUUCCAUCUACAACAAAUGGAUGUUCUCCGAAAGUGAUACCGUCUUCCCCUUUCCUCUCUUCACUACCAGCCUGCACAUGGCCGUCCAAUUCACCCUUUCCGCUCUUUUGCUCUGGAUAUUCCCAUCCCUACGCCCUCGGCACCCGCCUGCAUCCGCCUCGAACUCGCCGGUGGAAGGCCUGCAGGAGUCGGAGCCGGUGCUCACCAAGCUUUUCUACAUCACACGCCUCGUGCCUUGCGGUGCCGCGACAUCACUCGACAUUGGCCUGGGCAACAUGUCCCUCAAAUUCAUCUCGCUUACUUUUCUGACCAUGUGCAAAUCAUCCGCACUCGCCUUCGUUCUUCUCUUUGCGUUCCUUUUCCGUCUCGAAACGCCCUCCGUUAAACUGAUCAUUGUGAUCGCUACAAUGACCAUUGGUGUGGUGAUGAUGGUUGCGGGCGAGACCGCAUUCAAUGCGCUUGGCUUUGGCCUCGUCAUUGCUUCUGCUUUCUUUUCUGGUUUCCGAUGGGGUUUAACACAGAUUCUUCUACUCCGCCAUCCAGCUACCUCCAACCCGUUCUCGACUCUAUUUCUCCUUACGCCUGUCAUGUUCUUUUCUCUUAUCGCCAUUGCGCUCGCUGUUGAAGGGCCCAACCAAAUCCACCAAGGCUUCCUUAACCUCGCCGAAAAGCAAGGCAACUUGUUCGGCUCUUGCCUGUUGGUAUUCCCUGGUGUUCUCGCAUUCUGUAUGAUUUCUUCCGAAUUCGCACUGCUGAAGCGCUCGUCCGUCGUCACCCUGAGCAUUUGCGGAAUCUUCAAAGAAGUAGUGACGAUCAGUGCUGCGGGCGUUGUCUUCCACGACAAGCUUACAGCCGUCAAUAUAACCGGUCUGGUUGUUACCAUCGGCAGCAUUGGAGCUUAUAACUAUAUGAAGAUUUCCAAGAUGCGCAGCGAAGCAGAAGAUGACGACUGGAGCCGUGAAGGGUCUCCAGAAUCCGAUACAGAAGAUGCCAGCGGUGGUGAACUUCCAGAGUAUCACCGGGCUGCCAAUCCUGAGACGAGCCUGAUUCAAGCGUCCCCCUCCGGGCACUAUAAUGAUGAUCUGCAAGCAUCGCCGGCAGGCGACCAACGACGCUCGUUCCGUGUCCGAGCAAGCGGUGUGAUGCACAACCUCUCGAUUUCCACCACUAUUCCAGAAGACGAUGCCAUUGAAACGCCCAUCAAGUCAGCACCUCCAACUAUCACCACUAUGGCGGACGCGGGAUUCCCAACACAUCUCCAGCCGUCUGACUGGGAAGAUUCCCCAGGCGUCCACUCUAGCUCGUCCAUUUCCCCGAUUCGAAGCCAAACUCCCUCCCAACACUAG